AGAAGAGAUGGAUGGUAGGAAAUCCAACCCCAGUAUUACUCAUUGCCACUCCCUUCUCAUCUCUCACACUGUUUGUUUCACCCCCACACCCAAAUCACAUUAGCUGCUGACCGCUUCAGUGCUGCACGUUCUCGACCUGUCCCUCUCAUCUCAUCUGUGCUCUUUUCAGUGUGCAAUAAGAGCUUCAACAGUGUCCCUUCCCUCUGUUGGGUUCUCCUUCUCUUAUGGAUGCUGUGGAAGAUGAAAUCUAGGUAGAGGAGGAGAGCUGGGAUUUAUGGAAUAUAAGAACCAAGCUGCCGUUGUCGAUGAGGAGGAUGAUGAGGAGGAGGAGAUAGAGCUACCUUCUUCCACAUCUCUAGGUUACAAUCCUCCUCCUCCUCCUCCUCCUAUUAGAGGAUCAGCUUUCUCCAAACCCGUCCUCAAUCCUUUUUCUUCUCUGAUCUCCCCCAGCAGAGGAGGAGGAGGAAGUGGAAGUGGCUCAUCAGCUGCUAGGAAUUCCGGUUUCUAUGGAAUCACCACGCCAUCAUCGGUUCACCCAACUACGGCUGCUGCUGUAGAUCACCAAGUCUCUCUGUCUGUUGUGAGGAACUCCGAUCCGGUUGCAGUCGGUGGUGCAACUACACCUGACUCCAAAUCUACCGCCGCGGCUAGGAACUCGACGUCCGCUGCCACGGCCGAUGUCUCCGUCAGGUACAAAGAAUGUCUCCGCAAUCACGCGGCCGGCAUCGGCGGCCACGUCCUCGAUGGCUGUGGCGAGUUCAUGCCGGAGGGCGAGCCGUCCACGCCCGGGGGGCUGAAGUGCGCGGCCUGCGGCUGCCACAGGAGCUUCCACCGCAAGGAGACCGACGGUGACAACGAGGCUACUGACCCUUACUACCGUGUCGCCGCCCGUCCUGCUCUCCUCCUCCCUCCUCCUCCCCAACACCACCACCACCACAAGCAAUUCCCCUUCGGUUCUCCCACCACGCCUUCCUCCGCCCUCGUGGCCUUCGGAGGCAACGCCAGCGCGAGCGGGGGGACGACAACGGAGUCAUCGAGCGAGGAGAGGAUCAAUGCCGGGGCGCCGACGCCGGCCACCGCGCAGAGGAAGCGGUUCCGGACCAAGUUCACGGUGGAGCAGAAGGAGAAGAUGCUGGCUUUCGCGGAUCGGGUGGGGUGGAGGAUUCAGAAGCAAGACGAGGCUCAGGUCCAGGAAUUCUGCGCCAAGGCCGGGGUGAGGAGGCAGGUCUUGAAGGUCUGGAUGCACAACAACAAGCACUUGUUCAAGAAGCAGCAGCAACCAGCAAGCGAGGAUGAACCCUCGGCACAGCAGCACCUGCAUCAACCGCACCCGCCUCAAGAUUGACAGCAGCAGCAGCAGCUUGUGAGGGCCAUGAUCCUGUCCUCUUCUCAAUUUAUGUCGUUGUGUUGCUAGGGUUUACGAGGGAGUGGAGGAGGCAUGGAGAAGAAGGGAAAUGAAACAUCUGUAUUCCACUUGUUGGUUUUCUGAUUCGAGCUGCGCUUUUCUUCUUCCA